GAUUUUAAUUCUAGUUUAGCAUUGCCGGAGAGAGGUUGUGGUGAUUGUAUUGGAGAUAUAUAUACAUCAAAGUGUACAACAUGUGGUCGAACGAAAAAUAUUCUAGUAUUUCUGCUACCGUAACUGUGUUUGGAUGCUCAGGUGUGGGCAAGACAGCUCUGGUUGUCCGAUAUUUGACCAAGAGAUAUAUAGGAGAUUACAUUAGCGGGACAGACAUCACUUACAAAUGUGAACUAAAUUUCAUGAGACGACAGGUCGAAGUUCAGAUUGUUGAUACAAGUGGGAUAACCAGCAAGGAUCGAGUCAUUGACGUUGCAAAAAAUCAGAAGACGGAUAAAGACGUCAUAAUGCUAGUAUACAGUUUUGACGACAGAUCAUCGUUUGAUUUUGUCGUCGAUAUAUUGCCGCACCUAUCAGAAGCUGCACCAAGAGCAUCAUUGUUAGUCGUCGGGAACAAAUCAGAUCUAGACGAAUCAUGCAAUUCAUACGGGACCAAAAUGAAGCGAUUGCAAAACCAGUUUUCGUUUACACACGUUACUGUAUCAGCGAAAUCAUCAUGUGGAGAUGCAACUCGAGUAUUUACGAAGUCAAUUGGUCUUGUGAUAAAACGUAGAAUGAUGGAAACAAGUGCUUCGUCAAACGAUCUUACCGUUCGGGAUGAAGACCGUCCACACGAUUUUAAAUUUCCUCUGGGAUCACGUAGGUCCCGUUCGGGUGGCCCAGAUGCAAAAUUGCCCCGAAGAGCGACUGUUGGUAGUGGAUUGGGUUUGCCUCCUACACCAGAGAGACGAUUGUCUGACAGGUUGCCUUCAGUUGAUUUUACUAUUGUCGAAGAAGACCUUGAAUUGGAUGGCAGACAAGACAAUACAUUCGCGGCAGCACUUGCCGACGAAGAAUCGCUAUCGCGUCCGCAACCAAAGUCCAUAUCAUUCCGCAAGCGCAAGAAAAUUCCACCUGCAUCAAUUGUCUUAUAUCCGCCUAGUGGCGCAGAGGAUGACAACAAUAACGAAGUAUUACACCUGAAAGACAGUUAUAGAGGCCCGCCUCUUUCAGCUCCGUUACCCAGUAAUCCUUUCCCGGUAUUUCGUUUCCCUGAAGUAUCUUGUGCUGCAGAAUUCAGGUACGCUAGUUUACCAACGUCACCAAAUAGUGUUUUGAAACGGAACAAUAGCUUUUUAAAUAAAGUAAAGAGUGCUCUUACGGCUGUUCCCCAGAGACUGAGAAGCCCUAAAUGAGGCAGACGAAUAAUAAUGGGAAUGUGCAUUCGCCAUUUUGUCCAUUAUACAGGCAUUUAUUGUGCAGUAAGUCGAAAUCAACCAAGAGCAACGCGUUUACUACUAAAUCGUAUUCUGUAUCGCUUUCCCGCGCAAGUAUUGCUGUCGUGCGUUAUCCCUCAACGCCCGCCUGUAAAUAUGUGGCCGUGAUAUUCAAAUCAAAAUAAAAUAAUAACUGGCUCACUCGACUACUGGAACUCGCCAUUAAGCCUAAGCAUGGACCAUUCUUGUAUGAACAUUUGAAUGCAAAUAUUUUUGUUGGUCAUCGUUCAUUACAUUCACUCAAUCAAAUCUGAAAUUUUUAUCCAUUUCUCAUUUCAAUCUUCAUGUUGAACCGACCUUAGAAUAUCACUAAAUAUCACCAAACCCCAAAACAAUUUAUAUUUCAAUAUUGAAACCACCAAAUAUGAUUUAUAUGAAGGAAGUAGUAUUGGCAAAUUAUGAUAAAUGGUUAAGCCCAUAAAACUCAUAGACUUGGAUAUAUCAUAUAAUCGACCUUUAGUUGAAAUAUAUCUGAUUGUGACGUUUGACUCCCGUCUGUGAUCACUCAAAAAUGUACUUUUGAGUGAGUUUAUACACUUGUGAGUAGGUUUUUGUGGCUUCGCCUUCAAAUGAAUGUUUAUAAAAAAAAUAGUACUUUAUUUCGUACGUUGGCAGCCGUUUCGAGACAGACAGUUCAAUGUUGUCCAAGAAACUUGAUGGCACAAGAACAAUUUUUUUUUGUUAUUUUUGGGAUGACCGCUCCUUUCCGCUAUAAUUUAUAGUUAGGCAACGAAGCGCAUUUCCACCACGCUAUUAGACGUAUUAGGUUAAAUUACCUUGUCUGUAGAUUUUUGAAAACCCAAUAGGUGUCAAAUACCAUAUUCUUUAAAUUCAAUAUACAUUGGUCUGCAUACGUCCAACUUUAUUGAAUAAACACAAUGUUAUUAUUUGUUAUAAACGCAGAAUUUAUGGUAACAUUUACAAAUUUCUCUACUGUACAUAUCCUCCUAUUUGGAAUGGUCGAUAUAAAGUACUGGUAAAUCAAGUGUAACAUCACUUAAUUCUCGGUAGCUUAUAGUAUUUGCUACUGUAUACUCUUUAUAUUACUUCAGCUUAACCCUCAAUCCUUUUAACUGGUUGGAUUUGUUGGGCUAGCAGAUAGUCACCCUGAACAAACUAUAGCCUGCAGAAUAAAAGCCAUGAAUAAGAAGCUUCAUUAUGGGUUCGUGCAUACGUGACUCAUUCUAGAUUGAUUGACAUGGUCUGAGAAAAAAAUGCGAAUUCAAUUAUAUAUUUACCGACUUAUAAGACAGCGGCAGUUUUGCAAUUAAGCGAAGUUUCGAAAAUUUUAAGUUAUGUCUUUAAACGCUAUAUGAUAAUUUGAAGCACAUAUAUAUCGUAAAAACGAAACAAUGUUUAUUUGGUUUUUACAAGAUGUGUAUUUACUUUCAAUAGAUAAGCAAUGUUCAAAGCAUACGUUUGCUACAAUCCAAAACUUAGCCGUAAGCUGUUUGGGUGACUUUGUGAUUUUCGAAUUGAGAAAACGAUACUUUUAGUAAAUUGUCGAAUCUUAUAUGGAAACUUGUAACACGCUUUCAAAAUAUUAAAACGUCAUUUAGUUGAUUGUUUGGGUGCUCCAAGCUGAUGUAUAAUUCUAUUUCAAAAUAAUCCGCUCGAAUUUAUAUUUCAAAUCGCACCAUUUAAUAUCAGAUUGAAAUUUUCUACGUAUUCAAAAGAUAUAUUUACUUGUGGUUUUCUAUUUUGAGUUUCAAACCUGGAAUUUACUGCCCGAACUCAAAACGAUAUUUCAGAUUUUGAUAUUAUGCUUUUAAUUUGUAUUAAAUUAUAUACUUUUUCCAUUUCAUUUUCAAUAUUUUCUUCUGUAUAUUGUACAUUUGCACUGUUACUUAUUUGAUAUUUUGUUUACUAUUUUCUUUACUAUGAAAUGAAUAGCUAUAAAUAAAAAA